UCCAGUGACGAUCUGAUCUCGUCUGUUCAGCAACAACCGUGGGAACUGAGUGCCAUCAUAUAUGACGUGUGUUUUUUCAUCAUACUGGGCGCACUGGCCGUGGGUCAAUUGACAAUGCUAUUCCGUGGACUCGGUCGUUGUGUGGACUAUUUGAGCAAACGAUUCUUCCUGGGCCAAAAAUUGGCCGACAUGGUUGUGGAAGAUUGGAACAAAGUUCACAUCGCUCGAUACACACCGGAUCAGGUUGAGUAUUUGAAGGGUGGAACGGAAGAAUAUCGAUUGCAUGUGGAAGACUAUCGUGAACUGCUUCGCUUGUUGACAUUUGUGGACGAGCAAAGUUUCACUUGA